GAGGGAGGGGAAAUCGUUGAAUGGCAACAACAGCAUGGACCAACCCACAGCAUGUUGAGUCCUGCCCUGCUCUCUCUGCUCUCUCCACACAUCUUAUUUGCAUGUCGCUGUGAAGCAGUGAUCUACCUUCUCCUCCUCCUCCUCCUCCUCCUCCUCUGUGGGAUCACUACUCCUGCUCCUGCUGCUGAGGGUUUCACUGGAUAUUCACACGGUUUCUGUACAGGCUGGUUGUCAUCGCCUCCUAGUGCGCAGCAGGGGGAUAAAAAAAAAAGGGAUUUUUGAAAACCACAGGAAAUCCUAUUCUAUAAAACGGAACACGUUCUCCUCUUUGUAGAACCGCUGACUGCUUCUGACUUUUCAAGCUUUUAAAAGAACCAAAGGAAGAAUGCACUACCAGAGGACUAUAUGACACCUUGGAUCUAAUCUUGAAAAGAAAAAGGUGAAGAAAAGAAGAUAGAAUUAAGCAUCUCCCCGGGGACCUACCACCAGAAAAUGGCCACAGAGUCUUUCCAUGCUGCCUAUGCUGUUGUGGCCCCGUCCGUCGUCCCCAUGUCGCCCUCCACAGGAAACCUGCUUCGCAUGUUCCGCGAGUACCAGAGCAACGCGGUCAUCUUGGAGCACUACAACUACACAGGCAAGCUGCAGAAUAGGUACAAGGAGGGACUCAAACCCGAGGCCAUCGCUUUCCUGCUGGUCUGCCUGCUCAUCGUCGCCGAAAACGCCGUGGUGCUCCUGGCCAUCUGGAAGAACAAGAAAUUCCAUCUGCCCAUGUACUACCUACUGGGCAACUUGACUCUCUCCGACAUGCUGGCGGGCUUCACCUACAUGGUGAACAUCAUAACGUCCGGCGCCCAUACGAUGAAUAUGACCCCCGUGCUGUGGUUCCUGCGGGAGGGGGGCGUGUUCAUCAUGCUGGCCGCCUCGGUCAUCAGUCUGCUGGCCAUCGCCAUAGAGCGCCACGUUACCAUGGUGAGGAUGAAGCCGUAUCAGGGGGACAAACAGGGCCGGAUGUUCGCCCUGAUUGGGGCCAGCUGGGUGCUGUCAGUGUUCCUGGGCGUCCUGCCCGUCCUAGGCUGGAACUGCAUGGGACGCCUGGACCAGUGCUCCACGGUGCUCCCGCUCUACGCCAAGAGCUACAUCCUGUUUUGCAUCACCGUCUUCAGCGCCAUCCUCAUGUCCAUCGUGGUGCUCUAUGUCCGCAUCUUCCGCAUCGUCAAGUCCAACACCCAGCACCUGGCCUCAGUCCCGCAGCGCAAGGGCCUCUACCGCAAGUCCCAGAAGUACAUGGCCCUGCUGAAGACGGUCACCAUAGUUCUGGGGGUCUUCAUCGCGUGCUGGUUGCCCCUCUUCAUCCUCCUGCUGCUGGACUUCUACUAUCCGGCCAAAAGCUGCGGGGUGCUCUUGAAGGCGGACUAUUUCCUGGGCAUCGCCAUGUUCAACUCCCUCCUGAACCCCAUCAUCUACACCCUGACCAGCAAGGACAUGAGGAGGGCCAUCCUCAGGCUGCUGUGCCGACACUGCCUCAUGACCAAGGAUGGGCAGGUGAAGAAGAUCGGGAUGCCCUUCCUGGAGUGCAGCACCAGCAAGACCGACGUGGCCUCUCACAGACUUGAGGGACUGGAGACGACAGUGUCCUCUGGGAACUUCACGCCCUCGACUAUCAAAUCCAUUUACCCCAGGAUUGCUAAAACAUGAUGCAGCGGUUCUCUUGAGAGGAAGCAUUCAUACUGAGUCUUCCCUCUUAACGGAGUUGUGCUCCGGUCGAGUGAACGUUUGCACACAGAGUUUUGGCAUUAAACUGAAAAAGCUCGAUGUGAUUGGAGUCCAAAAUUUGGGAGAAAGACUAACUUUUGAAGCUCUCUUUAAAUCACGAAAAUUCCAAAAAGACAGGGCCUUAAUAGUAGCUGUGAGUUUCUUGUGAAAAACUAGCAUUACUUUUAUAUUUUAGACAACAAGGUCAGUAUUUAUCAGAACAUUUUCCUUUCUGAAAACAUGUCAUCUCAUUUCUAUCAGUGUUUGUUUUCCACAUGAAAUGAAACCAAAGGCCGUGUGUGUAGACGUUGCACAUAAAAAGCAGCACAUCUGACAGACUGGGGCCAAAGCCCGGGCGAGAGGUUUACCCUUAUCUCUAGCGUGUAAUGAUACGUUGUUACAAACACAGAGGGUCCACACCCAAAGAAUCUGCUGCCAAACCCAUGUAAUUUCUAACAUGUGAGUUUUGGUCAGCAGCAGUGCCGGGUAGCGGCCCUGGGACCCGCUGAAGACGUCAUGCAGAGGGGGCCUCGUGGGGCGGUUUGCAGCCUUGGAGGUCCCCUCAACAUAUGUAGCGACACAUGAUGAAGGACCAGGAGGCAAUAAAGCCCGACAUGGGAGGCGCGUUGAAGCCGUUUGGUUUCUCAGGCUAGAAUAUCGCAGCAAUCUGCUUUGAUGUGAGGAAAGAAAUAAAGAUUCUUCUCGCUGGAGAACAUUCACCAUGAAAUGAUAUGAAUCUGUUUUCUUCGUGAUGAGCUUCUGGUGACUAGUAGUCCUCUUGAAUACAUAUGUUGAAUACACUUCCUGUAAGUCGCUUUGGAUAAAAGCGUCUGCUAAAUGACUGUAAUGUAAUGGAAUGGAAUGAGCGCAGAUGUAAUCUUGCUCCACAAGUAAUCUGCCAAAGGCCCAGACGACAGAGUGCAUGGGCUUCAGAGUACUGUCUGGGGAAUUUCAUUGUGAUCACGUAACAUUAAAAUAGAUACUUUGCCAACUGUAAUAUUGUACAUAAAUGUAAAGAGAAAGAAAACAUCUAUUUACUGAUUUUUUUUUUUUGUAUACUUUGUAAAUAUCUAUAGCCUUUUCUGAGUUUAUCAGAGUUGCAUUUUGUAUUUUAAAAACCUCACUUAAGUUAUGAUGUUGUUUUUUUUAAUAUGUGCACUGAAUAAACCAUUUG